AGCCCCUGAUGGACACUUCACCUGUAAAAACACCUACAACACUAAAAUAAAUCGUCGCCUAUUAUUAUGUCUGAAAACGACAUCACUUCUCGAAUGCAAACGUUCCCUCCAGUCAGAUUUAAAGCUCUCGACUAUGUUUUUGAGACCACCACCAGUCUGAAAGUAAUGAUGAACUUACUGGCGCUGCCAGCACCGUACCUCACUGGUACCAGUGACCUGUACCCGCACAGGGGCAAGCUGCCUGAAGUCACCUACAGGGCACCAUGGAUCAGAGGAAAGGUGAUCUCAACCUGCAAACUCUUCGUCAGUGGUUCAGUGCUCGAUGACCUGGGAGAACAAAGCCAAGCAGAUAUUUUACCAGAGAAAUUUCAAGUGUCUCUGAGUGAGGUGAAAGGGGAUGUGGAGGUGAUACCCAGCUCUAAUCCUGACUCACUGACGGAUCUAGACCAGGAUGAGUAUCUCUGCCUGUUAAGAGAGACGUGGAUCAAUAAUCCGUGUCAGGAAUCAUUCUUAAAGUGUUCAACUGACCAGAUGAAACAUGGAAAUGAAAACAAAGAUCACCUCCUGCCUGAAGAGCUGAUGGUUGUUGAUUACCUGCCACACUUUAAGAGACAUUUACCCUCGCUGAAAGCUAAACUGUCCAGGCUGAGGAUGCUUCCUGUGGCCGACCCUCUGCUGAGCUCAACGGGAGAUACCAUCUCUGAGGACGCCAUUUUUAGGCACUGUGCGUCUUUUGAAAAACCUCCUGAUGUGCACACCAGGGACUUUCAGACGUGUGCAAACAUUCACGAGGAGUUUGGUAAAGAGUCACUGAUGAAAGAAGAGUCUCUUUUGCUGCCUGUCGUAGUGGACACGCUGAAUCUGAGCCAAGACAGCUGCACCGCCUUUUCAAGCAUUUGUGAUCGAAUGAUUGUUGGUCCUGAACAGCUGGAUGAGCAACUUCCAGUCCUGGAUGUGCUUUAUAAAGCUUUCCUUUCUGAUGGAUCAGCAUCGGUUGACAUUUCUCAGUAUGAAGUACCAGAGGAGCCCGACGACAAACGCAUCAUAAAGGGAGGCUUCAUGGAGCUGACAGGACGUGUGACGCUUCUGACUGAAAUGGAGCUGGACGUGACUUUGACUCCAAGUCCCGAGACGAGUCAAACCCAAAUCUGUCCGUCCACACGUGAACUUCAGAAGGAGUCGUCGUCGGUGAUCUGCAGAGGAUCUUUGGUGUCAGCGAGAGCUCAGAAAGAGAUGGAGACGGCCCUUUGGAAGGCGGAGAAGCAUCCGACCUUCGUGGUGGGCUUUCUAUUGGCAGAGCCUCAAAUAUAUGAACCAGCGGUCGACUUCCAGCCGCUGUCUGAAGCCUGGAAAGUCACAAAGUCGGAGAAUCAGAGCUUUGUCGUCGUUGGUGACAAACUGCAGUCAGAGAUGGAGGUCGGAGCUCCGCAGGUGUGUUUGUGCAGCGAUAGAGACUUCACAGAGAGCAUGAGGCCGGAGUCUCCCUCCACCACACAGGAAAAGAUGGAGGACUUCAAAAAACUGUCCCCUGAGCACGAGGAGAUCACAUCUGUCCGGAUGAAUCCCGCAAACAAAACUCCGUCACCUCAACUGAAGAAAUGUCAAACUGCUGCUGACGACACACGUCUUCAGAAAGAAUCUUUUGCCGCUACGUCUCAGGACACCUUCCCGAUGCACGCUGUCCACAUAAACAACAAGGAAGUAAAACAUGCACCCGUAACAUUUUCUAAAUUCGCCGCUAACGCCGACACCAAAGAUGAGGUUUCAAACGAGAGGUUUUUAGACGGUGCGGCCAUGUUUCCUGCCCGUAAGAGCGACAUCAGCACACGUAGAGGCGACUGUAAGGCCGAGCAGAGCACCGUGUCCACCAGAGACCAUCACAGGUGUGUACCGGUUACGAGACGUCCACCGGAGAAGGACCUCGACCCUCUGGCCACCUUCAUGAUACUGAGAUCUCAGCAGACGGCUUCGGUUACUGAAGCUCCUCAGAGCUCAACUCCAGCACCAAACGUGGACCAACAAGAACCAUCUGAGCACCAUCAGCCUCCUCCAGAGCAGAGGCCAACGUAUAUGAGUUGCGCUGUGUCAGCAAAUGCUACCAGAGAGCAGAACGCAGCGGGCCAGGUGACGGGUAAAACGAGUCAUCCUGUCUGUCCGUCCAUCCCUCCGAACAGAUGGGACAGCAGAGCGGUACAAGUCCAAGCUACCGACAGCCAGCAGCGUGCCCACUGUGAGCUGCUGGCCUUCGCUCAGCCUUGUUUGAGCUCUGCCAGACAGCUGGGCCUCAACUUUCCUGUACGAGGAGACUUCAGCUGCCUGGCCCCGGACCAAACACACUUCCUCCUCAAACAGCAGGAGAGAGCGCUCUGCGGGUCACAUGCACGGAGCGCAGAGCUGGAGGAGGAUGAACUGUGUCAGGAGCGAGCCAGUGAGAGGGUAGUGAUGAGGCUGACCGCUCUCUCUUUGCAAUACAACAACUGUUGGCUCAUCCUGCACUGUGGAGACAGUCAAGGAGGAGGAUUUUCGACUGAAGCCUUCAGCAACUUGGUGUUGGUUUAUUCGUCUCUGGUGCUGUUCGGCAUGAAGUCUGAGGAUCUAGACAUCAAGGUGCUGAUUGUGUCCGAGGUGACUGAAAUAGCCGAAUGGAUCAGUCAGAUCUGCUUUCACAGCCUGAUGGCCAGUGAGAAGGAGCCUCUCAACUACCUGGACAGAGACUGGCUGACUGUGACUCCUUCAGAGGAGGAAAGCUGUCUGUUGCAGUUCCCGUGUAUUAACCCUCUGGUUAGUCAGCUAAUGCUGAGGAGAGCGCCAUCCGUCCAGUGGCUCCUGGGGGCCUCUCUGUCUCAGCUAAUGGAGCUGCUCCCUGAGGUGCCACAUAAAGUCCUCAAGCUGUUCAGUGACACCACCUCCCUGUACACACUGACCACAGGCCAGCCGGAGUCUCAGACAGUCAUCACUGAGACAAACCCACCAAACAGCCCCUGGACCACCACUGCUGACCCACAGCAGGAAGCCCCCAUCCACCCCCAUCCAGAAUUAUUCCGUAGUGACCCCAACACCAGCUUCCUGUUCGGAGCCGAUCGCAGCUUCAGUGAACCGGACCCAGACUCGAUGGUGCCGGAGGGAAACACAGAUUUCAGACUCGACCUGAGUUCCUCCUUUGGCAGCCCGGAUGUCCCCCUCCAGAGGAGCUGGACCAGCAGUGACCCAUGGAGAGAGGAGGACGGAGGCAGAGAGGAGGUGACGUUUUCUGGCUGGAGACGCAGAGCCGGAGCAGUGGGGAGAGUCGUCGGGAGAGCAAACGACGAGUGGACACGGAGAGCUCCGUCGAACCUCGGUGUCGAUGCUCGCGGCGGAGUCCAGCUGGACGGCCCGUUCCAGCUGGACUCCGCAUUCAGUUCCAGCCACAUCCUGCAGCAGCCAGCCAACAGUCAGACCUCCACUCACUCUGCCGUCUACGGUGACCUCCAGCAUCCAGAUGUCCACCACCGCAUCUCCUACGGUCUGAGCCCUCCUACAGAAGUCACGCUGUGGGGUCGAGGUCAAAACGGCAACGACUGCCUCACGAGUAGCAGAGAGACAACGGUUUCAGCUAAAUAUGGCUCCAGGUGCUGGAUAGGACAAGAGAGGAAGAGGAGCGGCGAGGCUGCUGGUUUGGUCGGAACAGUGUUGACGCCACAGAAGAAAGGGAGGUUAAGCUACGAGAAGGUGCCCGGCAGAAGUGAUGGACAGACCAGACUUAAAUUAUUUUAAGCAUAAAUGCUUGUCAUUCCUGUGGCCCGUCUGUGAAGACAAGAACGUUUUGUUAGACUCAAGUUAAUGGCACAAUUUAAGCUUCAGAGUUUUUAUUCGUGUUAUAUGAUGUUUCAUUUGGCCUGGUUAGUCUGCAAAAGAGUUUCUAUUGUAAGAUAAGUUCCUCAUUUUAAAAUAUGGAUAAAAUGUCUAUAUUUUAGGCAUAAACUCUCUUAUUAACAAGUAACAGUCGUCCUUUCUUGAUUUGUCUUUUAAAACCAGCAGGAACAGAAAUUUAAUCUCAAUGGAGUGCAGUAAUUGCUGACAAAAUAAGAAGAAUUAAUUAUUUUCAGUCUAAUAGUUUCAUAAUAUAAACUACUGAUUGUUUUGUAAUAGUUGUUUGUUAUCGUAUUUCUUAUGAGUUGUUUGGGGACUUUAAUGCUUGAAUUUCACAGCACAAAUGGUAUU